GAGUGUGGAAGACGAUCUUCACAUCUCUCUCACUCAAAGUCUAAGGAGAGUCGUUAAUGUCAGCAAACUAACAAUCCGCAUUUGCUCACAUGGAGCUGCUCCGUUCUUCACUCAUUCCCAAUUAUCUCGCUCCCAAACUCACUGCCAAGACGUAUCUCCAUCACCGCGAAAGGGAAUUGAAUUUCGGAAUUCCGAAUCAUUCAUUCUCCAAAAAUACGGGUGCAACUGCGAAGCGAUGCGCAAUCGUCAAUAGUUCAAUUGAGAGAGGCGACGCCGACACUGCCUUGGUCGUCGAGAAGCCUCCGCCGAAGCCGCGCCUUUUCAAGGUCCUCCCCGACCGUCCCACGCCGUUCGGAGCCACGCUGAGACACGGUGGAGUCAAUAUCGCUGUUUAUUCGCGCAAUGCCGCGUUGAUUUCUCUCUGCUUGAUCAGGCUUCGGGACUCUUACCGGAGAAAAUAGUGACUGAGGAAAUUGCUCUAAAUCCGCUUAUUAACAAAACCGGGGAUGUUUGGCAUGUGUUUGUGAAAGGUGAUUUCGAAGAAAUGGCCUAUGGCUACAGAGUUAAAGGGAGUUUCUCCCCGUAGGAUGGUUUCUAUUUCGACUCUUCUAAAAUAUUGGUCGACCCGUAUGCAAAGGCUGUUGUGAGCAGAGGGGAAUACGGUGCCUUAGGACUUGAUGACGAUUGUUGGCCUCAGAUGGCAAGUCCGGUUCCUUCUAUUAAAGAUGAGUUUGACUGGGAAGGAGAUUUGCCUCUAAAGCACCCGCAAAAAGAUCUAAUUAUUUAUGAAAUGCAUGUUCGUGGAUUUACAAGGCAUGAGUCAAGUGAUGCCAAAUUUCCAGGGACUUACCGUGGCUUGGUGGAGAAACUUGAACACUUGAAGAAAAUUGGUGUCAACUGCAUUGAAUUGAUGCCAUGUCAUGAAUUCAAUGAAUUGGAGUAUUAUAGCUAUAACUCUGUCUUGGGUGACUACAAGAUGAACUUUUGGGGGUAUUCAACGAUCAAUUACUUUUCACCAAUGGCAAGAUAUUCUUCAGCCGGUACUGGUAAUUAUGGCCUUGGUGCAGUGAAUGAAUUUAAGUACCUUGUUAGAGAGGGACAUAAACAAGGGAUUGAGGUAAUUAUGGAUGUAGUCUUCAAUCACACUGCUGAAGGGAAUGAAAAUGGCCUCACAUUAUCAUUCAAGGGAAUUGAAAGUAGUGUCUUUUAUAUGCUUGCACCCAAGGUAUAUCUAUACUUAUUAUUUGAAUUCCCGUGUCAUUCUUGUUAUUAUUGUUAUUUCACUAAAGAGUAUGCACUUUUUAUGGAGGUACUUAAUUUGUUUGCUGCUUAUAUCGCAUGAGCUUUGUAUUUCAUUAUUUUCAUAUAGGGUUGUGAAAACACACAUCACGUUCCUAUUUUGAUGUGUAGAGUGGUGUGUUGGCCAUUUUUUUAAAUCUCCCCAUGAUCCUAUCAUGCUGCGAUUGUGUAUAUUGGUGCAAGGCUCUAGUGAAUAUCUAUUGACUAUCUGAUGUAUAAACCUGACCAAUAACAUUGUGUAGCUAGUCACAGAUAAAGUUGUUGUACGUGUUUUUGUCUGGGCUCAACAGGUCUAGUUUUAAUUUCUUCCAAGUUCCAUCAGUCCAGUUUGAACAUGUCAUGCUCGUGGUCCAAUCUUUGUAUGUAUUAAUGAUUUGUAACAGGUUCUUUGAAGUCUGCUUUUUCGUUGCGCGUGCUUGCUGCAAGUGCUCGACCUCAUCCAGCUAUAUUCGUUAUAGCUGCAUUAGCUUUGUCUAAUAGAAAUAUUGACAAAUUGGUUCUUGAUUUACUAUCUGGGUAGUAAAAUCUAUGUCUUAAGAAACUUAAUAUUGUGGCCAACUUGAAACCAUAUAUCUCCUUUUGUACUAUCACUUUGAAUUCCAGUACUACCCAUAUAAGAGAUCAACCUAUUGUGCUAAUCUUAUCAUUUUCAGGUUGAACACGUAGAUGAUGCGUGCAUAUGAUCUUCUUGAGAUUGAUUGUGAACUUAUUGUUGCACGUCUGCCAAUAAUCAUGCACCUAUAAUGCUUGUGUUUUUUUGUUGAUAAGGUUGGUAGAUGUUAGAUGCUUUUCAUUUUUACCUUUUCUAUUUCAAUAUUUUGCAUCCAAAUGUCAAAAUAGGAUACAAGGUGAAUGGCUGUCUUUAUCUUCAAAUUUUUAUUUGCAUAUAUUGUGAAAAUGGAAACAAUAUCAUGUUCUGCUCCUGGGACAUUCUUUUUAAUUUGUUUUCAACAUUUUCAAGUAUGGUUUUUGCAUCUCCAAGAUGUGGGGAUGUACCUGAACUUUUAGAUGUAAGGAAGCAAUUUUCAGCAAAAUAUGGAAAAGAGGUCAUUAGUUUUGCCAUAGAGCUCCGUCUGCAGUGUGGUGUUAAUUGGAGUCUUAUUAUUAGUUUUUUUUUGCAUAGCUCUUCAAUUUGACAUGCUUGGCAAGGCUUGUCUUUGAUUGCAUCCUCUUUUGUAUCUGCUACAGCUCCUGAUGGACAGGCUAAAAUCAAAAUGUUAAAUGGGAUGCUGACUUAUUUGCCAAAAUGGUUUAGUUGAUUCUGUGAUUCUGCAUACAGUAUUAUAUUCUAGAGGUUGAAAAUAUUAAUAAGAAUUCAUGUAUGCUCUUCUAUUUUAGCAUCAAGAAUAAGAAUGAGAAUGAGAAUGAGGUGUAUUCUGGUGCUCCUCGUCCUCGUUUCGAAGAUGCAGAAGUCCAUGUUCACCCAAGCAGCAAACUCUGUUCAACAGGAUGCUAAGACACCGGGAGCAGAGAAACCACCUUCUGCACAUGCUUCUAGCGUCAGCACAAAAUUUGAGCCCAAAGCUACAUAUACUCAAGAACCAUUGAUUUUAUUGCAGAUGGCAUGCCUUCUUAAAUGCUUUAUUUCUUAAUUAAUUUAAUAAAGCAUAAGAAAUGCUUUACAACCUAUGUAAAUGUCUGUAUGUUAAAAAUUAUGGAGCUUUAUCUACGAUUAUAUAGAUAGGCGAUCCCUGCCGGUUGACUAGUGCUUA